AUGACCGUUUUUAAUUUCUUGGGCUUCGCCAGCUGUGUGCUGCUGCUGACCUCCAGCUGGCGCGCGUGCACGGGGCUCCCGGUGCCCGCGCGCAGCGCAGAGGAGUGCGCUGACUGCAGGUUGCUCUUCAAGAACCUCCUGCUGAAGGUCACAGAGCUUCUCGACAGCGAUGUGCUGUGUUUCGGCAUCGCCUCUGAUAGGAUGACGGUGAGGAGUCACGCGGAGACGGUGCUGGCCUGCGCACCCACCCGGACUCAGAACUCAAGCUGCACAAUGCAAAGGAAUUCAUCUUUCAGUGAGAGUGAAUGUCUGAGGAACAUCAGGAAGGACUUGGCCUACUAUGCUGCUGCUGUUCAGUCUUACCUCAACUCCCCACUCAGAAGUCACGAGGAAGAAGUUUCACUUCUGAGUCCAACUCUGGAAAUAAUACAGAGCCUGAAGAAGAGAUGCUCCCUGAUGCUGAAUGAAGAGAAGGACUCUUCAGAGGCAGAUGCUGCCCAGAUGUGGGGAGAUGACAGCUUCAGUAACCGGCAGAAGAUGUGUAAGAUGAUGAGGGGCUUCCACGUCCGGACCAUCACCAUCAACCGAGCUAUGGGUUACAUCUCCUCAGGGGACCACAGGAAGUAAACAUCCUAGAAGCACAUCACCAUCAUCACCAUUCCAACCACA